AAACCAUUCACAUGCACAAACUGCCAUAAAUCUUACACCCAAUUCUCUAACCUAUGCCGGCACCGACGCACCAGACCAGCUUGUCGCCAAAAACUCGUCUGCAACUCCUGUGGCCAGGUAGUAUGUCACCGGGUUUUCCCACGCCCCGCUAAUUUGACCCGCCAUAUUCGCACACACACAAAGGAAAAACCGUACAGAUGCAAACAGUGUGGCAAGAUGUUCAGCAUCUCCUCAAACCUCUUGAGACAUUGUAAG